AUGAUGAUGAUGGCUGGCCGUGUGCUGCUGGUGUGUGCCCUCUGCGUGCUGUGGUGCGGUGCCGGCUGUUGUGCUGAGGAGAGUGCAGGUGGAGUUCUGCCUGGUGCGUCUGGGGGUGGCGCUGGGAGUUUGCAGGGAUCACAACCAAUUGUACCGGAGGCGUUGAAAAACUCAGAUCUAAAAGCGUCAGAUAUUAACGACAAAACCGAAGAAACGCCUAUAAAAGUGCCUUUGGCCGAACAAGAAGAAAUUUCUGACGAUGAUGAUGAGGGAGAAGAUGAAGAAGAAGGACCAUCUCCACCAACACCAACAAAAGGAGGAGGAGGAGUACAGCCACAAGCCAAUAAUGGAAAACUGAAAAAAGAAAAUGAAAGUGAACUGCAAACAGAAAAUCAACGCCACGUCGAAGUUGAAAGACAAAACCCAUCAGAAAAAGAAACAGUUGAUGCUGGUGAAGCGGGAGUAAACCAACAAAAUGAAGGCAGUAGACUAAAGCCGCAACAUCAAAAAAUUCCAGUCCAAGAAGAGGAUACAAGAAAUGUAGAAGGAAAUCAACCGACGCAGGAAAAAGAACAACAAACAAAUGUUGAAGAAAUAACACCACAUAAUCCUGCAGGGGAUCAUUCUCCGGGAGAACACAAAGGCAAUGAUGGUUCCAAUGAAGGAGAAGAAAAAGACGGGGAGGAAGGUGUUGAGGAUCAUGAAGGACAUCGGGAUCAAGUCAGGGAAGAGGCUGCACAUGUCUCAGGUGCCCCGAAAGUAAACUCAGCUGAUAUUCAGCAGGAAGUCCAACGCACACAUGCAGGAGGAACUCUGACAGGAAUCAAACAAAAAACUGGAGAAGAAAAGGAUGAUGAAACAGAAGAGGAACGAGAACAACAAAAGGAACAAAAUCAAGAGAAUCCUCCAGGCAAAGAACAAAAAACCAAAACUGGUGCAAACACCACUAAUCAAAUAAACACGACGCCUGCUGACAGUGACAGCAGCACCGCGGUCUCCCACACCACCACCUCCCCUCUUUUGCUUCUUUUUGUUGCGUGUGCGGCUGCUGCUGCGGUGGUGGCCGCGUGA